CACCGCGACUUAAAUCGUUUGGGCUCCCCGGCGAUGACGACAACUUGGAUAUGAGCAAUACCCACGACCAUCUGGACCUUUCUCGAUUCCCAGAUCACCUCGGAUGUUCUACUGGCUCGCUCACACAUGUAUUUUCCGACGACAGCAGCCAGCAUCACAUGGACUUUGACGAUACUGACAUGUCCCCUGCAUCUCCUCGGCAGCUCACGUCACAUUUUCCUGGCCUCGGCUUCUCUGCACAGACAGGGUCCGAGGACCUAGACCUUGAGCUCGCGCCGUACUCGCCAUCGCGACGUAAUUUUACUUUGCUUCCCGCGAUGGACGAAGAUGAGGACGAAUUCCCCGACACGCCACAGCCAUCUUCGCCAUCCUCACCUUCACGCCGAUCUUUCGCAUCCUUGCCGGAUAUAGACAUGGAUGAUACUAUCUCACCCUCCCAUCCUACGCCGUCUCCUCGUCUCCUCUCUCUCCCAGGCGCCGAUACAGACGACGACCUCCUCCUACCCGCCUUCUCCUAUAUUCCCAACUCUGAACCUCCACCGCCCGACGGACCGAGCCUAGGUCUCUUUGUGCCCAUCGCCGUUGCAGAGGAGCCACACAUCGCGGACUCCCCUCCCGAGGAGGAGCCGGACCUCAAUUUCUCCUGGGACGCGCGCGCGCGCGUGGAUGCAGCCGAGCUGGACAAGCUCGUCGCGCUCCGCCGGCGCGCGUGGUUCCUCGAGCGCAACGCGAAGCGGACGGAGCAGUCGUACGCGGAGGAAGCGCAGCGGAUCGCAGCGGGCCUGCGUGUCAGCCCGCCUGUGCCCGGUGCGCUCGCCGACGUGCAGCUCCAGGCGGGCCUGGACCCCAAGGGCGCCAUCCGGCGCGAGCUGCAGGUGGCCGAAGCGCGCCGCGCGGAGGCGAGGCGCGUGCGCAAGAAGGAGAAGGAGCGUGGGAAGGAGGUGCAGGCGAUGCUGCGGCUCAAGCUCGACGACGGCGUGGGCGCGGGCACGCCGGAGGCCCCCGCCGACGCGGUGGUGCAGCGCGACGAGCGAGGGAAGGUGGUCAUCGGCAGCUUCUCGCAACUCGUGGCGCGCAUGAUCUUCAAGCGUCGGGACGCGUCCCGGGUGCUGGCGAACAAGAAGACCCCGGGCGACUACGUUUGCUCGUCCCUCUCUCGGGGUGUGUCGCCGGAUUUCGAGGACGUGAACUCACAGUGAUCUCGAGGAUACGUCGUGGGCGGAUAUUGGACUUGUCGGAUGUGCGUCUCAGCGAUGUACAGUAUCAUCACAUCCUCCAUGCAUGCCAGUUGUAUCAUUACGUCGCCAUCAUACCCCGUAAUAUGAAGGAAUAUACUCGUUGCUUUGUUGUGUUUUUCGUCUUAUGGGCGUUCUUCGUCUUAUCUGCCCGGCAAGGUGACAUUACGCGGGCACUCGUAUUUGGAACUGCUCCACAGAGGGUGUAGACAGGUUGCUGGCAUGGCAUCUUGGCCACCCGCACUAUGGCCACCGGACAGGCGGGCAUGGUGCCCAUUUCGGUAGAUCGCCGUCCACAUUCAGAAUGUGCAAGGGAUGCCUUGCGCCCAGUGUCGUGCUUAUUCGAGGCGUGUUGGCUGCCCUUUCCUUG